UUGUCCCAUCCCUCCUGCUCCCACCGUGCCAGCCGGAGGAGGCUCAGCGUCCUGCGAGGCGAGCCCCGGCAUGGCACAACCUGGGGGGCUCUGUCUGCUGGCCCUGCUGGGGCUGGGGUUUGGGGCGGGGGGCUCACCAGCCUGCCACGACCCCCGGGGCCAGCCCCGUCGCUGCAUGCCCGUUUUUGAGAACGCCGCCUUCGGCCGUGCCGCCCGGGCCACCAACACGUGCGGCUCGCCCCCCGAGGACUACUGCCUGCAGAUGGGCGCCCGCGACGCCAGCCAGCUCUGCCAGCGCUGCGACGCCGCCGACCCCCGGCUGCACCACAACGCCUCCCUCCUCACCGACUUCCACAGCCAGGAGGAGAGCACCUGGUGGCAGAGCCAGUCCAUGGCCUUCGGCAUCCAGCACCCCAACUCCGUCAACAUCACGCUCCACCUGGGCAAGGCUUACGAGAUCACCUACGUGCGGCUCAAGUUCCACACCAGCCGCCCCGAGAGCUUCGCCAUCUACAAGCGCAGCCGCGCCGACGGGCCCUGGGUGCCCUUCCAGUACUACAGCGCGUCCUGCCACAAGACCUACGGCAAGCAGCCCAGGCACUACCUGAGGCCGGGCGAGGACGAGCAGGUGGCCUUCUGCACCGACGAAUUCAGCGACAUCUCCCCCCUGAGCGGGGGCAACGUGGCCUUCUCCACCCUCGAGGGCCGGCCCAGUGCCUACAGUUUUGACGGGAGCCCCGCGCUGCAGGAGUGGGUGACCGUCACCGACCUGCUCAUCUCCCUGAACCGCCUCAAUACUUUUGGGGACGACAUCUUCAAGGACCCCAAGGUGCUGCAGUCGUACUACUACGCCAUCUCCGACUUCUCCGUCGGCGGCAGGUGCAAAUGCAACGGCCACGCCAGCGAAUGCGCGCCGGACGAGACGGGACGGCUGGCGUGCGUGUGCCAGCACAACACGGCCGGCACCGACUGCGAGCGCUGCCAGCCCUUCUACCAGGACCGGCCCUGGGCUCGCGGCACCGCCGAGGCUGCCAACGAGUGUCUCCCCUGCAACUGCAGCGGCCGCUCGGAGGAGUGCUUCUACGACCCGGAGCUGUACCGCCGCAGCGGGCACGGGGGCCACUGCCGCCACUGCCGCGACAACACGGCCGGGCCCCGCUGCGAGCGCUGCCGGCAGAACCACUACCGCUGGGAGCCUCGGGCCGCCUGCCAGCCCUGCCACUGCCACCCCGCAGGCUCCCUGCGGCCCCAAUGUGACAGCUCGGGGACCUGCGCCUGCAAAGCCAACGUGACGGGCUGGAAGUGCGAGCGCUGCAAGGACGGCUAUCACAGCCUGAGCGAAGGCGGCUGCAGACCCUGCGCCUGCGACCCCGCCGGCAGCGUGGGCACCUGCGACCCCAACACGGGACACUGCGCCUGCAAGGAGAGGGUGGAGGGGCACCUGUGCAACAGGUGCCAGCCUGGAUGGUUUAACCUGCAGCCCCACAACCCCGCCGGCUGCACCAGCUGCUUCUGCUAUGGCCACUCCGCUGUCUGCACAGCAGCGACCGGCUACGAGGUGAUCCACGUGCGCUCCGACUUCAGCAGAGGGCUGGAGGGCUGGGCUGCAGCUGCGGUGGGUGCCGUGGCCGUGCCUCUGCACUGGGCUGAUGGGGAGGCGAGCAUCAAGUGGGACGGAGAGGAGCCGCUGGAUUUUCUUGCACCAGAGAAGUUUCUGCAGAACCAGCAUCUCAGUUACGGGCAGCCCCUGACCCUGCUGCUGGGAGCAGAGGGGAACGGGACCGGGACAGAGAGCAGGGUGCCCCUGCUCCGUGCCCAGCUGGUGCUGGAGGGCGAGGGGAUGGAGGUCACCAUGUCCAGCAGCAAGAGCCAGCCACGGGACGGAAAGCAGGCUGUCACCUUCAGGCUGCACGAGGCCGAGGAGGGCACGGAGCCUUCGCUGUCGGCCUUCAGCUUCCAGCGCCUGCUCUCCAACCUGAGCGCCCUCCGCCUCCGCGUGAGCCAUGGCCCCGGGCCAGGCAGGCUGGUGCUGAGUGAGGUCCGGCUCACGUCGGCUCGCCUCGGGUCGGGUGUGCAGGCGGGCUGGGUGGAGGAGUGCGCGUGUCCCCCGGGCUACACCGGUCAGUUCUGCCAGUCCUGCGCUCCCGGCUUCAAGCGGGACGUCCCCUUCGGUGGCCCCUUCGUCGCCUGCGUGCCCUGCGCCUGCAACCAGCACGGGGACUGCGAGCCCCGCUCAGGGCAGUGCCGGUGCUUGCACAACACAGAAGGUCCCUCCUGCGAGCGCUGCAGCCCCGGGUUUUAUGGCAACCCCUUCGCGGGGCGCUUCGACGACUGCAAGCCCUGCCCGUGCCCCGACCGCUCGCCCUGCACCGAGGUGCCUGGCAGCGGGGAGGUGGUGUGCACCCACUGCCCCCCAGGGCAGAGAGGGAAACGCUGCGAGCUGUGCGACGAUGGGUUUUUCGGGGACCCCUUGGGACAGAGGGGCCCCGUGCGUCCCUGCGCCCCCUGCCAGUGUCACGGGAACGUGGACCUCAACGCCGUGGGGAACUGCGACACCGAGUCCGGCCGGUGCCUGCGCUGCCUGCACAACACGACGGGCGAGCACUGCCAGGAGUGUCGGCCGGGCUUCUACGGGGAUGCGCUGGCCCCCAGCCCCGCCGGGAAGUGUGCGCCUUGCGAUUGCAACCCCGAUGGCUCAGCCCCGGGGCCGGAGGGCUGCGAUCCCAGCACGGGCCAGUGCCGCUGCCUCCCGCACGUGACGGGCAGGACCUGCGGGCUCUGCCAGCCCGGCUACUACGGGCUGCUGCCCACCGUGGGCUGCAAGAGCUGCGAGUGCCACCCGGCGGGGUCGCGGGACAGCGGGUGCCACGCGCUGACGGGGCAGUGCUCCUGCCAGCCGGGCGUCGCGGGGCUGCGCUGCGACAGAUGCGACCACGGCUUCUUUGGAUUCUCUGCUAAGGGCUGUCGAGCCUGCAACUGCUCCCCGCUGGGCGCCGUCACGCCGCAGUGCCACGAGAACAGCACCUGCGUCUGCCGCCCUGGCUUCGUGGGCUACAAGUGCGACCAGUGCCAGGCCAACUUCUUCCCCGACCCUCCGAGCUCCGGCUGCCAGCCGUGCCCCUCCUGCUACGGGCUGGUGAAGGACGGGGCUGACCGGCUGAAGGCGAAGCUGCAGGAGAUGGAGGAACGGCUGCAGACCCCAGGCUGUGACGUCCACCCGGGGCAGUCCCUGGUGCUGGGAGAUGCGCCCCGGGGAGACGGGCUGCCCGGCAGGCACCUCCUGCAAGAGGGGGUGCUCAGGCUCAGGGCAGCCCCAAAGGCAGGUGGAGAUGCCUCAUACAUGUCUGCAGGCAACAAGCAGCUCCUUGCACUGCCCACAGGUGCCCGGGCUGUGCUCUCCGUGCAGGUGGGGCGGCUGGCGGGGGUGCUGAGCGCCGCGCGGGGCCGUCUCAGCAACGCCAGCCAGGCCAGCGGCUGCUCCGACCACGGACACCCCAAGACGUGCGUCCUGCUGUCGGAGAUCGGGGUCGUGCUGCAGUCGGCGCAGCGGGAGGUGCUGCACGCCGCCGACACCCUGGCUGCCACGAAGAUUCCUCAGGAAAUCCCCCCGCAGCCCACCAACUGGAGCCGCCUGGCGCUGGAUGCGCGGGCGCUGGCUGAGAGGCACGGGGACGCCGUGGCGCAGGUGGAGGCGAUGGUCAGGAGAGCGCUAAACGUGUCCAAAGCCAGCCACGAGCUCCUGCAGAGCCUGCUGGAGGGGAGAGCAGCAUGGGAGGCACAGCGCGAGCUGGAGGCCGGGUACGAGGAAAUCCAGCAGGCGCAGGAGGAGCUGGGCGCUGGCAUGCUGGAGGUGGCAGCGGAGGCCAGAAGGGCUCUUGCCACCAUCCAGCAGGCAAACGCAGACAUGGCUGAGAAGCUCCUGCAGGUGGCUGCUCCAGGGCAGCAGGCACUGCUGGCACAGGCUGGAGCCCUGGUGCAGGACCUGGGGGCACUGGAGCGGGCGGUGGGCACGCAGGAGCUGUCGGCGCAGCAAGCCAUCGCGGCAUCCCGCACCCUGGCAGCUGGGCUGCGCCGGGACCUGCAGGGGACUCGCAGCUUCACGCAGCUGCAGGACCGAGCUGGCACUGCCCGCAGCCUGGCCACCUCGGCAGUCUCACAAGGAAAAGCUGCGCUCUCCGGCACGGAGUCCGUCCUGGCCAGCUUGGAAGGCAUGAGGAAGGUGCUGGGGCAUCGGAAGGGCCAGGCUGCCCUGAGCAGGAGGAUGGCGCUUGUGCGGGACAGGACGAUGGUGGAGGCCCAGAAGAAGAUCAAACAGGCAGAGAAAAUGCUGGGAAACUCCUUGUCUGUCUCCACCACAGCCAGGAGGACAGCUGGGGAGGCCGAGCAAGUUGCUGAGGAGAGCGCUAAGAGGGCACGGGCUGUGCUGCAGGGCAGCAAGCAGGCUCACAAGCACGCUGUGCAGCUUGCCACACGUGUCAACAAGACCCAGCAGGAGCUCGACCGGCAGGAGCGUGUGGCUGAGGAGCUCAGGGGGGGCCUGGAGGAAGCAGAGCAGGUGGGGACAGAGGUGAGUGAGAUGGCAAAAAGCCUCCAGGAAGCCCGGGGCUCGCUGAUGGCGGACAUCAAGACCCUGAAGGACCUGCUGAGCAGCCUCGGCAACCUGGAGCAGGGCACGCAGGUGGAGGCAGCGCUGGGAGCAGGGAGGCUGCAGCUGGAGCGGCUGCGGCUGCGCCUGGCCGCGCCAGGAGCCCUGGCCAAGCGGCUCAGCCAGCUGCAGCAGGAGGCAGCACAGCAGCAGGAGAAGAUCCAGGCGGUCGAGAGCGACUUGGCCGAGAUCCGGGCUGACAAGAGGAACCUGGAGGACAUUUUGCGGAGCCUCCCGGAGGGCUGCUCAGAGUGGCAGUGACAGGGCGCCGGCUGCUGCCCCGACACCCCCAGUCACCUCUGUGCCCCCCUGCAACAGGGUCCGGCAGAGCAAAGGACACCCUCACUCACCAGCAUCGCUCCCUCCUGCUGCUCUGCAUGUUGCCCUCAGUACAAUAUCACACCUGGGUCCUUACCCACACUGGUUCUGACUCAGCAUCCCAAGCGCUCUGUGGCAUGACCUUAGCCCCCAGCUCCAUCCCUGGCCCAGGGGACAAAGCAGCUAUCAGGGACCGAUGUGGAGGGGACAGAGCGCUCACAUUCUCUGACCAGGCAGCGAAUGAAGGACUGUCACAGAUAUCCUCCACGCUAUACAACUCUCCGUCCCUCCUUCCCCCCUAGGGCAGCAUACCAAGUAUGUAAAGCCCCAAAGCUGUAACACCCACUGUCCCUCCUGCCCCAGGAGGAGACAAGAGGCUCUCACACACGUGUUGGAAGCCGGUCCUGCUGCACAAUGCCGCGCA